AUGGAUACGAUUCACGUUCGGAUGAACGCUCAGCUGCCUCCCUUUGUUCGAGCCACAACCUCCACGAUAAAAGAGUUGGAUGAGAAGGUAGACUGAACUGUAUAGUUGAGUUUAGGACCUUUUUACUUUACAGGUGGAAGACUUGAAGCGUUUGAUACGCCAAAAAACCUACAUCUACGUUAAAAAUUUGAGGAACUACACCCGAGAAGAGAAGUUCAACUUCCUGAAUGAGAUUCGGGUAAGUCGCCAUAUUGGAUAGAUAUUUUGAAAAGUGUUUUCUGUUCAGACUCUAUACGCAGAAGCUGACGGAUUCGCGGAGAAAAAAGUGGAACUGGCGGAGCAAAUGUACGACAAAGUGGACUCUUUCAUCAACGAAAUGGACGAAUAUAAGAAGCGGCUGGAUAAGAAACGCGUGGUUCCCGAUGACAAGAAACUUGCAAGUCAGUGGCCGUCGUUUAAUGACCGAUAUUGUUUUCAGAAGGAACUCAGCCCGCGAAAAGAGCCAAAGUUCCCAAAGUCGAGCGGAAGAAGACGACGGCCGCAGAACACAAAGCGGCUCGUCUUGCCGAAAACGGUGAGUACGAUACCCUGAGAACAACGUAAAAAUCGUUUGCAGCGGCGAUGAUGGAUCAGCUGAAGGAAGCUCCUGUAGUCGGGGAGUUGGAAGCUCCAGUCAAUCCGCAUGAGCCGGUGUACUGCGUUUGUCGACAGGUACUCGGAAGCCGGAGGAAUGCGGUAAAACGUCCUGGAUUAAAGGUUUCGUUCGGUCAGAUGGUCGCCUGCGACAACAAGCACUGUCCCACAGAGUGGUUCCAUUUCGGCUGCGUCGGCAUCGACGCCACACCCUCAGGUUCGCUUUUACCCUCAUUUUUGGUUCACAAGUUGAAAUUCGAUCGACGGUGUUUUAUUAGAAACAAUAUUUUGUCAGUAAAAUAAUGAAUUGAGUGAAUGAAUAUUUUCAAGGUGUUUGGUACUGCUCCGACUGCAAACAGCAACCGCGAAGGCGCAAGUAA